CAAUCAGCCCGGCAAAAUUGCGUCUCUUGCGAAAUUAAGUUUUGUCUUUAAUUUUUGGUAGUGAUAUUUAAUGCGACAUGUCAUCCAUUGAGAAAUUGUCAAUCCAGGGAGUUCGGAGUUUCGGCUCCAAUGCCGAGGACAUGCAGAGCAUUACGUUUUCUUCGCCUGUAACUUUAAUUCUGGGAGAAAACGGAUGCGGAAAGACAACCAUUAUAGAAUGCCUUAAAUACGCACUAACCGGCGAAUCCCCGCCUGGCAGUGAAAAGGGAAAAAACUUCGUCCACGACCCUAAAAUAUUUGGAAACAACGAGUCCCUGGCCCAAAUCAAAAUGAAGGUGCGGGACAAACGAGGAGCCGAGGUAUCCAUCUGCAGGACGAUGAAAGUUUCCAGACAGCGCGGCGUAAUGACCUUCAAAACCAUGGACUCCACUCUUAACUUUCUGACCGACGGUGGCCAUCCGAAGCGCGACCAGGAUUCCCUAAGCGGUCGGACCAACGACAUAGACCAAGCUAUCUCUGACUUCAUGGGCGUGUCAAAGGCGAUUAUUAACAACGUCUUGUUUUGCCAUCAAGAAGACUCCAGUUGGCCACUGGACGAGCCCAAGAAGCUAAAGGAGAAGUUUGAUGCUAUUUUUGGAAUUUCUGAGUAUGAUAAAGCUUUGGAUAAAAUCAUAAAGAUGCGUAAAGAGUCCACAGAAGAGCUAAGGUUGAUGGAGGCCAAUAUAAAACAUGUGGAGUAUCUGAAGAAGGAAAUGGAGGCAAAAACUCUGGCGCUGCAGAAGGCGCAGGAGAAGUGCAACAAUGUUAAGACUCAGUGCAACGAAUGCGAGGAGGAAAUGAAGCCCAUUGAGGCUCGUCUGAUGGAAAUUCGUAACAUCGAACUAGAGAUAGGAAAGUAUCAGGCGCAAAAAGUGGAAAUGGACACCAAACAUAAAAAUUGCAAGGAGCAAAUUACCACUAUUUCUAAGAAGAUCAAGACACUUUUCGAGGGAUCUUUGGUUGAGCUGGAGAUGGAAAUCGUAAACUUCGACCAGCGUAUGACCGAGAUGCAACUUCAGUGCACCGAAACCGAGGAAGAGCUCUCGCAGCUAAAGAAAUCCAGUGGAAUGGCCAAGGAUAAGCUAGCCACGCAAGAUAAAAAGCAUGUUUUGGCCAAGCAACAACAUCAGAGCGAACAGACUUGCAAGUCCCAGCUGCUUAGGCGGGUUAAGGAGUUCUGCCGAGAUCUGCAGAUUCCGAUUGACGAAGAUUCGAUUGGGCAGCCAGAGAAGUUAGAGGAAGUGUUGCAGGACAUCGAGGCGGUGAUCAUGAGCAAACACUGCGAGAUAGCAGAGAUUAGCGAUCAGAACGACAAGGCCGAUCAAAGAAGACAGGCCAAGAUCGACGAACUGCGCAUCGACUUGACCAAAUCGGAGCAAAGCGUCGCAGCCCAGGAGAAGCAGCGAGAGCAGAGUAAACGCGAAAGCGAGACCCUCGAGGUGGACAUCAAGAGGAUCGAGGCCUCAAUGCACGAGUUGAAGCAGCUGGAAAAGAAAAUAGCUGAUGCCAACGAACUGUACGAAAACACCUCGAAGAACUUUGAUCAGCAAACCAUGCGCGAUGUCAUUGCUGCCAAAAAAACAUUCAUUGCUGAAAAACAGACUCAGUUUAAGAAACUAGAUGAGCAGCUGACUUUCCUGGGCUCCAUGGCUAAGCUGGUUGCCGAAAUCAGCCUCAAGCAAAAGGAAUUGGAGAAGAAAACCCAGGAAGUGCAUCGCGUGCGUAGCCGACACUCGGAUAACUUUGGUAAAUUCUUCAAGGAAAAAAUUACCGCCAACUAUCGCCGGUCAAUGCAGGGAGCCUACGACAAAUUGAAUCGAGAAAUCAAGGACCUAAAUGAGAAGGCCAAUGCCCAGAAGUUGAAGGAGCAGUCUUACGAGAUAAAACGUAAGAAUCUCAUGGGGGAUAUUGCACGCAUGGAGAAGGAGCUGAAGGAGAGCGAAGAGCUGAUAUUUCAAAAGUGUCGCUCCACUCCCUAUGAUGAGUUACUGGACCGAAGCAAAGUGGCCAUUUCGAAGUUGCAGUUUGAUCAUGGGGCCCUCAAAUCCGCCGAGGCUUUGUACAAAAAGUACAUACAAAAAAUUGAGGAAGAACCAUGUUGCCCCUUGUGCCACCACAAUAUGUCCGGUGAUGAGGCCUGCGAUCUGACCACAGAGCUGACCGAUGAGAUUCAGAAGUUGCCUGAGAAUAUAAUCAGAGCCGAGAAAGCCCUUAAGACGGAGACUCUAAAAUAUGAGAACUUGCUUCAACUUAAGCCGAACAUUCUGAAGGUUAAGGACCUGAAGGAGGCCUUGCCGAAAAAAAAAGAAGAGCUGAGGCAAGUCGAGGAGUUGCUGGGCGACAGCGUUAGUGAAUAUGAGACUAUACUAGCGCUGAUUGGCGAACCUACCCACAAUAUGGAGUUGGCCAAUUCCAUGAUGGGGGACAUGACUUUGCUAGACGAAGCUUUGAAGGAGUCAGCGCGGUUAGAAAAGGAUCUGGAGCUGCAGAAAGCCAAGUUACCUGCAUCCUAUGAUUCAAGUGUUUCAAUGGAUGCUUUACAAGCAGAGAAAAGUCAGGUAUCCAAGGACCUGGAAGCAGAACGUAAGGACUUGGAGACCCAUCAGACCACAUUCCAACAGCACCUGGAUGCUCUAAAUCGUGUUCGUGAAAUCAAAAAUGGGCUUAAGGAUAGACAAAUAAGACUGCAGGAGGGCUUGCAAAGCCUACCGCAGUUAAAGGAGCGAUAUGAAAAGCUCACAACAUUCCUAACAACAGUGACUACUGAAAUAAACGAAUUAAGGGCCAAAAUUCAACCUCUCAAGCAAGACCUGAGGGCUGCCGUGAAUGAAAAGGAGCGCCUAAAGGAGAGUGAACGCACCCAGUUGGCCCAAUUGAAUACCAAAUACAAUUCCUACAAAAGUACAGAUCAGGAUAUUCAAAGAUUGAACAAAGAAUCUCAGAACUACGCUAAAUUGGACUUGAAAAGUGAAAUCAGCAAACUUGAAGAGAUUAUUAAGACCACCAAUGAGCAAAUUAAGAAACUGGAAGUACAAAUAGAUUCAAAGGCUGCUCAAGUGGAGUCCAUCAAGACGGAAUGUCGCAACCAGCAGAACGUGGAGCGGGACUUAAAGGAUAAUCGCGAGCUGAAACAACUACAGGAGAAGGAAUCCAAGCUUAGCGAAAGCUGUCAGGCCCUUUCUAAGCAACUUGGAAACUUGGAUUUCCGCAGCGUCAACAAAGAGAAGUUGGAACUAACGAAGCGCCGGGAUGCGUCCACUGUUAGGAAGGGAGAGCUGCUGGGCCAACUGGGGGAGAUCAACUGCCAAGUCAAAAAGCUGGAGCAGGAGAUUGAUGAGCCAAAGUUGAAGGAGUCGUUCCAAAAUUACCAAAAAGCGAACUACGAGCUGGUAGUCAUGCGCCGCUGCAUUGAGGACUUGGGCCAGUAUCGAAUAGCCCUGGAGUGGGCCCUCAUCCAGUUCCAUGCGGAAAAAAUGGAAAACAUCAAUCGUCUGAUUCGCGAGUACUGGCGCAUGAUAUAUCGUGGUAAUGACAUCGACUACAUCCAGGUGAAGACCGAUGACAUCAGUGCGAAUGCGUCGGCAGAUCGACGCAAAACAUACAACUAUCGGGUGGUCCAGUCGAAGAACAACACGGAGAUUGAGAUGAGGGGUCGUUGCAGUGCGGGUCAGCGCGUCCUCGCUUCUUUGAUCAUUCGCAUGGCAUUGGCCGAAACCUUCAGCAGUAAUUGUGGAGUGCUAGCUUUGGAUGAGCCCACCACGAACUUGGAUCGUACUAACAUCACCUCGCUGUGCGAUGCCCUUAACUGCAUUGUGGAGGAGCGGCAAAGCCAGUCGAACUUCAUGCUCAUCAUCAUUACCCACGACGAGAAUUUCAUUUCGUCGCUGGGCAAGAUAAACAGCUACCAUCGCGUGUUCCGGAAUGAUGAGUGCAAGUCGGUUAUUCGAAAGGUACAGGUUGGCUGAAUGUUCGGUCCAUCAAAGACACUAUUAAGUGCCAAUUAAAUGUAUAAAGUUUGUUAUCAA